AUGCCGAUGCCGAAGAGACGGAUUCAAGCGCGCUACCGACGAUCUGGCGCGUCUUUUUCGGUGCAAGAUCGUGAUUUAGUCGCGGCGCUGGAGAAUAUUAAGAAUACGCGCGCGACCGCGUCGUACGGGAACGCGAACGCGUACUCGAGCGCGACGGCGAGCGGCGUGCACGCGGACGUGCCGACGGCGCUCGGGGUGUACGUCAAGGGCUUGGCGCAUACCGUCGGGUUUAAGGAUUCGCUGCAGAAUGAACCGGAUGCUGAAGAAGUGCCGGUGCCGGAGCAGCCGAAGACGCUGACGCUCGAGCACGUGUACGACGCGUUCACGGUGGAGACCAUCCCGUCGCGAAGGCUGGUCGACGUGCACGCGCGCGCCGCGGAGCUCGUCGAAAAGCAUUCUCUCGAGGAAAACUUUUGCAUCGUCGACUUGGCCACGGUGAAGGCGCUUUACGAUUACCACAAAGCGAAGCUUCCGCGUGUGCGGCCGCAUUUCGCCGUCAAGUGCUUGCCCGACCGCGGCAUCAUCUCCACCCUCGCCGCGUUGGGCGCCGGUUUCGACUGCGCGUCUCAAGGCGAAGUUGAGUUGGUUACUGGUCUCGGUGUGCCUUCUGAACGCAUUAUCCUCGCACACCCCGUGAAGCGGCCGUGCGAUUUGCGCUGCAUCGCCGAGUACGAGGUGCCGUACACCACCUUUGACUCUGUGUCCGAGUUGCACAAGAUUCUCGCGUCCAAGGUCAAGGUGAAGCUCAUCUUGCGAAUUCGCGCUGAUGAUCCCAUGGCGCGUCUUCCGCUCGGAGCCAAGUACGGCGCGCCACUUGACAAGGUCUCAGAGCUUCUUUCUGUCGCCGCGUUGCUCAACUUGGACGUCGCCGGCGUUUCGUUUCACGUCGGUUCUUCCUCGCGCAAUCCGGACGCCUACCGCAACGCCAUUCAGUUUGCGAGGAAAAUCUUCGACGAAGCGAAAGAGAUAGGUUUCAACAUGCACCUCUUGGAUAUCGGCGGUGGUUUCACCGGUUCGUUCGACGCCAACGGCAACGUCACCGAAGCGCCAUCCAACUUUGAUCGCGUUCGAGACGCUCUCGAUGAAAUUUUUCCCGACGACGGAACGUUUGAAGGUUUGCAAAUCAUCGACGAGCCCGGUCGCUACUUCGCGCAAGCUCCGGUCACGAUGGCGUGCCUCGUAUACGGUACGCGCGAAGGGACGAACGAUGCAGGUGAGCGUCACAUGGAUUACUACAUCACCGACGGCUUGUACGGCUCGUUCAACGGCAUCAUCUAUGACGGUCUCGACUUGCCGACGUACUUCUUGCAACCGAACAAGGUUGCCCCGCUCGCUGGAAUCGAUAACGAUUUCGACAAGAUUAAGAUUUCGUCCACCGUGUACGGGCCGACCUGCGAUUCGCUCGAUUGCGUCAUGCGAAACAUUCCUCUGCCGGAGCUGUCCAACGGUGACUGGCUCAUGUUCCCAGAUGCCGGAGCUUACACCAUGGCUGGUGCGUGCGAUUUCAACGGUAUCCUGUGCUCGAAAUAUCUUUGCUUCUACGUGAGUAGCGAAAAGAUGACGAGCACGGCGACGGAGAAAGAGCUCUCAGAUUUGGUUUACGCAAACGAUCGACCGGCGUGCACGCUCGUUCAAAACCGCUGAGCGCGGGGACUGAGCCGACCAUUCAAUUUCCUAUGUCCAAACGACAAAUUCAACACAAUCAAUUUUGUUCGAACAAACAUAAUCCAACCUUUGCUUCUUCAGAAGCGAGUCGAGAAUGACCGUGGUAGCAGUUCGUCAAGAAGACGAAUGCGGACGACAUCGAUUCCAAGUCGAGCUUCAUGGUCGAGACACAUUGUCUCGGGAUGCGUCCUGUACAAUAUUAACAACAUGCGAUAGAUCACACACAUAGAUGGUGCCACACUGUAAGCUGAUCCUCAAUAUAUCAUCAA